AAUAGCGACGGGAGCCUCUCUCGUCACCACGACGAUCAAUUUCGCGGUGGAAACCCUCGAUAAAUCGGUGUAAAGCCCCCAAAGUGAUAAUAAACAAAUCCUGGGAGGUGGUGGUGAACUCACCAGUGGAGAAACGGAUUAAUCCGUCAACGUAACAGCUCUUCCAAAAACAUCUGUAGAUUAAUUUUCUUGGCGUUAACGUGCCCUUGCGCAAGUUCAGCUUGACUGGAUUCAAUCGACUCUUGGAAAAGUCGUAUUUUCUCAUUAAAAUCGGCAUUCAAACAUGGCUUAUUGAAAAAAUGAAGGGUCAUCAGAUAUUCACUGUUUCUCCAUACGGAGGAGAGUUCAUCUCUGUCUACGAUUACAAUAUUUUUUUGCCAUUUGGGGAGGUGGGGGCCUGUCCUUGCAAUGGACAAAAAGUCGUCGAAAUCACAUCACAGUCAGCAGAGCGCGAAUAAGAGCGCCACUGCUGAGUCUAAAAAAAAUCAAGAUAUCGUCAAUGGUAAAGCUUUUCCAAAGGCCCCACGUCGGCGCGAGCCACCUGGUGCCAAUAGUUACUCCAAGAAUGAACAAUCUCGCAAAUCCAAUCAUCAGAAGACGCGAAACUUUGAUAAGAGACCCAAACCUAAAGGACAAUAUUAUGGCGGUGCAAAGGAGGAUACCAAGGUAGUGGAUGAAGAAGUAGCCGAGUAUGGCUCGGUGAUGGCUCCAGGAAGUAAAAAGCAGAAUUUGAAUCAUCUGCUGAAUUUUCAUUAUGAACCGCGUGAUAGGAUUCACGGUGGCUGGAAUAAUUAUGGGAGAUCCAACUACAACAACAGCAAUCGUUGGCUACCACCUGUCCAACGACACAAAUACAACAAGGAGUUAUUUCUACAAGCAAACUGUCAGUUUGUCGUAACGAGUGAUGGAGACUAUUCUGUUUAUUUGAUUGAUCCUGAUACACUUGUGGAUUGGAAAUUAAUCGAGCAAAUUAAAAUCUACACAUCAGAGAGCCUGUCCUGCCCCAUCUGCCUGUGUCCCCCAGUGGCCGGAAAGAUGACCCGCUGUGGUCACGUCUACUGCUGGCCCUGCAUCCUCCACUAUCUCUCCCUCUCCGACAAACACUGGCGGAAGUGUCCGAUCUGCUACGAGUCCAUCCACAAGUCCGACCUCAAGAGUGUCACCGAAGUCACCCAGCAGCCCCUGAACAUUGGUGACACCGUCAAGCUCCGUCUGAUGCGUCGCAAGAGAGGCUCCCUCCUAGCUGUACCUGUUGAGGAAUCCAACACUCCAGACCCAGACAACUUCUUCACUAUUUUUGAUCAGAAGGAUCGGACCAACCAGGUCUACUCGAAACUACUGAGGGCUGAUGUUCGUGAUGUCGUUGGGAUCAUUGAUAGCGAGAGGAAUCAACUCAAAUUCGAGCAGAUGGUGGACCCGCAUUCGCCGGAGAAUUGUUUCAUAGAGCAGGCUCUUGCUGAGUUGUCUGAUAGGGAGGAGAGGAUUCUCAAGGGGGUUGGGAAGGACGAGGGGACGAUUCCAGGGGAUAAUGGUGAUAAUGACGUGGAGGGGGAGAACCAAGGGGUUGUGGAGGGCAGUUGUGAGGUGAAGGGGAAAGAGGAGAGGAAGAAUGACGAUGAAGGGCGGACCCCAGGACAGCAGAACUUGCCGAAAUUUUUUUAUUUUUAUCAAGCUGAAGAUGGUCAGCACGUCUACCUCCACGCGAUGAACGUGAAGAUGCUGGAGGUGCAGUACGGCGACCUCGAGCACUCCCCCCGAACCCUCACUGGUAAAAUCCUCGAGAAAGAGAGUGGAAGCUUUACCGAGGAUCUCCGCAAGCGAAUGCGAUACCUCUGUCAUCUACCCCUCACCUGUUCCUUCGAGAUCGCUGAGAUCGAGUUGACGACACCUCUGGUGUCCCCUGAUGUUCUUGAUUACUUCAAGGAGCAGUUGGAUGCCCGGGAGAGACGAAGACGUCGUCGUGAACGUGACGAGAAGAAACGAGAGAAGAAGAUCACUGCUGAGGAGAACAAGAAACUGGGGAGAUAUCCCACGCCCAAAGUGCAUAUCGAGUCCCACAGGCAUUUCCCGGGGUGGCAGACUGAAUUACCAUCUUCCAGUGCCGCAAUUUCAACACCUCCAGAAUCAAUCCCAUCAUCAAGCCUCGCGAGUAGUCCCUCACACAGCACCCUGGGUGACUCAACUGCCCUCUUGACCGAUUCCAUGUGGUCGUUGCCCUCCCAGAACGACCAAGGACCUUCCUUCGCCCAAAUGCUUCGUAACGAAAAUUCAAAAAUGUCUGAUUCAAAAGUCUGGCCUUCGAUGAACCCAUCCCUUCCAUCAAGCAAAUCCAAUAAUGUCGUUGCACCCCAGAAUGAGGAAGAUUAUCCUCAGGCACCGAGUCACAGCCAGAGUUUCGGUGAUGUACUUGCUCUUGCCCUUGAGGCAUCAACCAUCCAUGAGGACCCAAUCCCCAGGGGAAAAGCCAAGAAGAAUAAGAAAAGGGGAAAGGCUACUCUUCUUUAUGCAAGUGGAAUGGCGAGAUCUUCAUAAGUAAAUAGUUAUUUAUCUGCCAGAGUGGAGAAAAUUUAUUUCAGAAAAAUAGUAGUGAGGGAAACAGGAUGCGAUCAUUUUGCUCUGUGAUGAAUUUUGGGUUAAUAUUUCUCAUGGGUUUUAAGAUAUUUGGGGAAAAAAAUCUUGAAGGGAAACGAUAAAAGAGAGAAGAAUAUUGUAGAAAAAAAUCAGAUGAACUAGACAAAUACAUAAUUUUUGUAGAAAAAAAUUAGAUGAACUAGACAAAUUUUUAUGGGUUUUUUUUCAGCUUCCUUUGGAUUGAAAAUAUUUAUCAAAAACUCGUCAUGAAAUUAAAUUAGAAGAAAUCCAGGAAAUUUCAGAAAUUGAUAUUUUGGAAUUUAUGGAACAUGUCGAAAUUUUUGCCACAAAAAUUGGAUUUUUGUUGUAAUCUUUUUUUAUUCUAUAAAAAAAUCUUCAGGAAGUGACAACACUAUUGGAAAAUUA